CUGCAAGCAAAAGUAUCCAAACUAUCGAAGCGGCGACGAAGUCAGCACUUACGAACAGAAUCUAUUCGCAGACACCACAGAGCAUUGCAUUUAUCCAACUGCUUGAUUUUGGAGCAUCUGCUGAUAAUCGCCAAGCCCUAAAACAACAUUGCAGCCUCACUGGUACCAUUGGCGAAAGCAUUCGAGCUCAACAUCAACCACACCUUCUUAAGAAAUAUACACUAAAGAUAUCCAACUCCCAGGAAGAAAUAGCGCGAUGGCUACCCCCACCUUGAUCGAUAUGCCCGACCCUCCCUCCAACCCAGACACACCAACUGAGGCCCCUGGCACCCCUAACUCCACCACAACUUCGCUCUCUGCUCUGUCAACCACAGCCAUUAAAGACGGCCAUCGCGGAUCCUCCUUCCCCCAUUCUGGCCACGGCCACCACCAUACUCCAUCAAGCAAUACCCUCGAAGCUGAACGCGCGGAUCGUAUCUCCCGUCUUGCAGGCCUGGAACGAGUUUCCACCGUCCGCCCACCAAAUCCCAACGCUGGCGGAGGACCAGCAGGACCAGCAAACAACGUGGGUCAGAUCCCGGGCUACUUCGACCAAAAUGGAAAUCCUGUCUAUACCACAAAAAUGUCCACCGUAGGGUCAGCUUCCGCGACAGGCUCGAUUGGUGGACGCACUACAACCUGGGCUAGUGGCAGUCAGAAGGGCCAGACAGACGCAGACGAUGAUGAGAUGAGUAUGGAUACGAACUAUCGGGACAUAGAUGAUAGGGACAGGUAUUCAGCGAGUGCGAUGGACGAGGAUGGGGAUGGGGAUGGCAUGAGCGAUGACAUCAGCCUAGUAGCAUUUGGAGAAGGUGCGGGAAGUACUGUUAGUGGACCUACAUAUAGCAGGAGGGAUCUGGCUUCUAGUCCUGCUGUAGGAAAAAGCGGUUUGGGUAGUCAGCUGCAGAGUAGUGGUGCUGGCACGCCUGUCAGUUCAAGCACAACCGCUACGGCUGAGCAACAGAGAAGGGAGGCUAUGAUGAUUGAUGGUUUGGCGGCCGAUGCGCCGGGAUAUGUUGAUACGGCUGCUAGGGGUGGAGUUGGUAGCCGGAGCUCUGGGGUAGAGGCGGCGGAACAGAUCAUGAGAGAUAGGCUUGAUGAGGGCGAGGUUAGGAAGCCCGCACUUGGUAGCCCCGAUGAAGCUGGUUUGGGCAAGUUUUAUUUCGAGGAGAAAAAGUGAUUGAUCUGAAUAGGGAUGUUCAUCGGAGGUAUCUUGAUUUCGUUGGCGUUUGCUAGGUCUAGGAUAUGUAGGAACUAUGGUGGUGAUACCAAGGUGGAAGUUUUCCAUAGCCUUCCAAGAACAACAUGCCCUGGAGUCAAAUGACUGCCUUUAAGCCUUGGUGCCUCGGGGACUUUUAAAUUGUCUUCGAGAGCAACCUCUCCCUGGAACAAAUGGAUUCGGAAGCUCCGUGAUUUGAGUCGUGGUGUUCCGCAAGGCGAGGAGUACCUAUGCAAGGAGAGCAUGCAGCGUAUUGUUUGCGCCUCUUCCGCCGGAGUACAAUGAGAAAUCUCGGGAGGGAGCCUUAGCCUUGUGAAAGAGCGGGAACGGAUAUGAUGCUGACAAGUUCCUUUACUGAAACGUUUAUCACAUAGAGAAGCAUAGAGGAAUCAUUCCGUCCACUCCUCGCCCUAGGCAUCCCAACAAUGAUAAUCCUCUUUCUUUGGCUCCG